AUGGCUCGCAACAACGACAAGCGCGUCAAGGACAUCGUCAACCGAUACCUACCGCCCCGCGCUCUCUUGCGCAAGAGCUUGCUUCCUUGCACCACGUACCGCAACGUCGCCCAUAUCCCCGUCGCUAGCUUGGGACAAACCAAAGAACGCACGCUGGGGAUGGUCUUUGGGAUUUGUCCCUUGCCCGCCAAUCGCAAAUGCGCGCACCAUUUGCAGCCAGCGAUCGAACAAAUGAGCGAUGCCGAUCGCAAACGUGUCCGUCAGGAAGUCACUCGGCUCGGGUUACCCACCGAUCUGAGCGGCGCACUGUACGUUGGUCCGGAGCUACCCUCCGAGGAAGACGACGAACGCGGCGAUGCCCCUGCGGACGAGAAGAAGCGGGGGCGACCGCGCCUGGACACGAUCAUCAAGGACGCUUAUGUCUACAUCAAGGGCGGUGAAGAGCCACUCGAAAUCCCAGUUGUCUGUGCUGUACGAGAUCAUGACCUCCUCGAGGUCGUAUUUCGUCAGCCACUGACCUGUGAUGUACUUGGGCCAGAGAUCAAGACGAAAGACUAUGAGACCUACGAUAUUCGCCUCAAACGGCGCCGGGGUGUCGUCCCUUGCCCCGGCGUCACCAUCCUCGCAACCGGCGAAGACGAAGGCCCUCCACCCUUGCCGUCUCUGCUAGAAAGCAUAUACGGAAGCUCGCCGACAACGGCGCGCUCAAUGUCAGCUACACUCAGCCUAGGCGACGCGUCUUCGCCUAGACCCUCGCCUGGACGUGUCCUACGUUCCGGGCGAAUGGUCUCCCAGCCAGCCACCCCUUCGAAGGCCACUGAAACACCUUCCCGUCGUGCAUUGCGAUCGGGAUCGUUGCGAGUCUCCCCGGCUGGCGUUUCGUCUGCCGGAGCCGGUUCGUCUGCCGGAGCCGGUUCGUCUGCCGGAGCCAAGAGGAAGCGCGAGGAGGAGGCAACCACGCCGCGCAAGCACGCAACGAGCAAGGGGAGGGGUUACGAGGAGAACACGGAGUCAGACAGGGUGUCCCACGAUUCUGACAUUUGGGAGAUCUUGGAGGACGGUAGUCUGAUAUUGCGAUCGUACGAUGUCGGGACCCGGACAAGUUGCGUCGGCAAGACACUAGCAGUUGCACUAGUCUCAAGUCGCCUGCGUCGGGCGCUUCAAAUUAGCCCCCUCAACGUGGUUCCUCGUGUGAUUAGCCAACCUCACCGGUAUCUCGCCGACUUCACUUCGCUCUCGACCUUCGACAUGAUAGCUCAGCAACCCCUCGCGUCCUCACCCGUUCAGCAGACCACGCCAUCCGGCGCGGAUGCGAAGGUCAAGACUCGUCUACGCACCGACUGGUCGGUCAAUGGGCUCGACGUUGUCAUGGAAGGUUUCCUCGAGCAAUGGAACAACCUCCCGGACACGAAGAAGGUCAGGAAGAACUUCCGAAAGCAAGUCGUUAGUGCCAUCACGCCACAGUGGACGCAGAAUACAUCGCCCGGCGACGCUGUAUACAACUACUUCAAGAACCACGGCAGGCCGGCGGUCCCUCCUCAUGUGGCGACGGCUCCCGCCCCCGGCCCCGGCCCCGGCCCCGCCCCUGGCCCCCCCGAUGUCACCCUGGACUCCAGGGACUUGUUCGUCAAGCCACGCGCCAAGGGUCCAUCUGAACUCUGGGCGGAGGUGCCGGCGAACAAAGCCCUCGUCGUGGAGAAUACGGAGAGGCCUGACGAAGUAGGAGCUGGGGGACGGCAGGCGGCAGCACGGCGGGCUCUUUACGACCAGUUAUCGCUGGAAGAGAAGGCCGUUUGGGAGGAGAAAGCGCGUGCGUGGCCCCCCGCCGAGGUUCUGGAGACCGCGAUGGCCCGGAACCGCGAGAAGCUCGUUGGGAGGUUGUCAGACCUCUUGAAGGGCAUCCUCGGUGAAGGCGUCAACUGCGUUGGCGAGGCCGCCUUCUAUGUGCUGCUCAGCUGCAAAGAUCCCGUGGGAGGUCCCACUCAAGUCAAGCAUAUGUAUGUCGGCAAUCUCCUCGAGGGACUCUCCUUCUCGCAGUGGGCCGACAGCAACAGCCUUCAGGCCUUAGAAGCGCAGUGGCGGGAGUUUUCCUGCAUCCUGCACGGCGGUGAUGUCGCGACUGAGAACGACGAUGCCAAUACGGUUGCAAACGCGCAAGAGGUCACUGUCGCAGACGCGCAAGAGGUCGCGGUCGCAGACGCGCAAGAGGUCGCGCCCGCAGAAGUCGCAGUCGGAGCCGCCCAAGAGGUCGCGCCCCCCGGCGAGCAGAACAAUCGCGUUGAAGGCGCGGCGGUGGAGACCACGGCCACGCCGGCGGCUCAGGCUCUGCCUUCCGUGACGUCAAACACCGACGACAUGGACAUUGACGACACCUCGAACAACAACGGAAACAUGGGCAACCGGGACAGUGCUACCGACGCUACUGAUAAGGACGUGGACAUGGACAAGGACGUGGGCACCAGCGACCAGGACGACACCUCCGACGAGGAGUCGAGUGUUGACCCGGUGGAUGCCCCGGUGGCCAUACUGAUGCAGAUGGAUCAGGAGGAGGGUUGGGAGGUUGUUCAGGUGCCCAAAGGUGAUUCUGCGAGCGAUGCGGAUAAGGCCUUGCCCAAGAAAAGGGCCACGAGGGCUCGUGACGGCGCGAAGACGGAUGUAAUGGACAACGUAGCGGCCGUUGAGCCUGCCAUGAAGAGGCUUAGGCUUACGAAGGCUCGCCGCGACGCAGAGGAGAAGGCCACGGAGAAUACUAUUACCAUGGCAGCAACGAAAGGUCGCAAGCCUAAGUUGGCGCAGACGUCAAAGACCGCGAAGAAGACGGAUAAUGGAGUCUCAACGUGGCUCUUAUACUUCACUUCAGCAUUGUAA